CACGUUGGAAAACAUGAAUCUGAACGGUUUGCCUGACGAAGUUUUAUGCCAGAUUUUCGAUAAGCUCGAUGUCUACGAGCUUAAGCUGGCGUCCCGCGUGUGCCGUCGGUGGGCGGAACUUACUUUUUCGGGUCGUAGGAUGAACCGUGUUUGGUUGGUGAAGCGUGAUGGCAAUUUUGAUUUUUUGUUCAACACAAAAAGAAACUACCGCAACAUUCGUCAAUGGGGCGGGAAAGAUGAUCAGUUUGCAAGCUUAGUGCGGUUGCUGCACACCCCAACGCCCAUUGUCCGAAUGUUGGUCCUAGAAUGUACUCUAACUUCCGAGCAUUUACGAUUACUUCUGCUGGAAGCUCCUGAGCUACAGCAUUUGUCGUUUAGUUGCAUUACCGACAGCUGCGAAAUGAACGGACCGUUCCCGGUUUUAGCGAAGUUGACAUCGCUGUCGAUUGACGGGAUAAACGAUCGAAUUGACUUGUUCCGUAGGAGUGUUCCAAAUUUGCAGAGUCUUUACAUGUUCUGUGGAACUGAUCUAGAACUGGAUGCAUGGAAAUACCUGAGUAGGCAGUUAAAAUUAGUUCAUGUGCAUAGUUUUAGAAGAAAAUAUGUUUAUCCUUUUCUCGAGAUAACGUUCCCACUCUUCGAAGAUUUGGCGAUGGGUUUAUACAUCUUCAUAGAAACGGAAAGAAGUCAUGAUUUUUUUCAACGGCACCCCUUUCUUCGGAAACUCUCCAUCCGCUUUGCUAUUCCGCUAGAAUGGGUGGAAUCUAUUGCUCGACACUGUUCGGAGCUAAAACAUCUACACCUUUUUCUGGACCAUCCCGUAGAAGGUUAUUUAGAGUCGCUGGCGCAGCUAACUAAGCUGACGCACUUGUCAUUGGAGGGAGAAGUAGGCGAAAAAAUUUUUCGCCGAGCUAUCAAGUCUCUCGAAUUCGUGGAACUGUUUGUGAAGUAUCCUAGACCUUUGUCCGAGAACCUUUUUGAAAUUGCGCCACGGUUGAACGGUCUGAAACUCAAGAUCGUCGAUUCCGACUUCUAUGCGAUAGAGUUCAUCUGCAAGAUGUUUUCUUGUCUCCAGAACUUAGAAGUAGGAAUCAGAGAGGAGGAAGCCGAAAUAGUGGCUAUGCGGUUUGAAAGAUUCAUGUAUUUGGAGGAAAUGGAACUACGAAGAAAUUAUGGCAUUCAUUACACUCAGCACAGCAACGUUCGGUGCUUGACAUUAGUUGGUUUUCAGCAACCGGAUGAUGAUGACCUUAACAAGAUACCGGAAAUGUUCCCUUCGCUAAAGAGGUUGAUCAUCGGCCAGGGGUACCCGCCAGGGGUGUUUCGUUCUGUUCUCGAACGAAUACACAAAUUGAUGCCCUCGUGUAGAAUAGAUUAUGGUGACGAACGCUUCUAUCCCAUUGACAAUAGUACUUCGAACUGAGAGAUACGCGUAGUGGAAAGAAGGAACAGCUUCGGAA